AUGACUUUUCUCCGUCAAGAGGUGCAGGGUGAAGAGAUGGUUGUGUUAGCAAGAACUGGAUUUGCAGCGAAUCAAAUUACCCGUAAAAAAGAAUAUGUUGCUGCACCUCUAAACGAGAUUAGUGGAGAUAUGGCUACUACCGCAGCCCUGGUAAGCUUAAAAUCCACUGACAAUAAAGUUGUCUGUAUUUUUUGUGAUAAACCCCAUCCCAGCCAUAAAUGUUUUUCAGCAAAGAAAAUAUCUCUUAAUGAAAAGUUAAAAAUAUUGUCUAAAAAGGGAGCCUGCUAUUCAUGUUUAACUAAAUCAAAUCAUAUCAGUAGGCAGUGUGACUUAAAAUCUAAACUGAAGUGUAAUUUCUGCUCUUUAUCUCAUUAUGAUAUUAUGUGUAGUAAAAAACCUGAUAAAUCUCCAAGUGUUAAAAAUUCUCCUUCCACUAUUACUCUUUCUAACCAAUGUAGCAGAAAUCGAACAGUUUAUUUGCAGACUCUCUGCGUAAUUGCGCGAGGUCAAGGUCGAGAAAAACGCGUAAGAAUUCUUUUAGAUUCAGCUAGCCAGUAUUCUCACGUGAGUGAAAGAUUAAUUGCGCACUUGGGAUUAAUACCACAUAGAUAUGAAAACGUAAUUCACUCCCUGUUUGGAGGAACGCAAACGAAGCCUAAGCAACAUGGAGUUUAUUCUAUCGAGCUGUCAGCUUUGAAUAGAGAUUACUCUUGUUGUUUAGAAGUUCUUUCGGAGGGAAAGAUAUGCAACAGUGUCCCGAAAAUAACAGAUCAGCGAAUUCUUAACAAUUUAAGAGAAUUGAACAUAGAGUUUUCGGAUUCAUUCAGCGAAGAUUUAGAGAUCGAUGUGUUAGUGGGUUCAAACGUGUUAGGUCGCAUUUUAAUGAAGAAAUGUUGUGAAUUAGAUUCCGGUUUAACUGUGGUUGAGACUAAACUGGGAAAUACAAUUAUAGGAAUGCAGAAUGAAGUGUGUCAUAUUGAUAGAAAUGUUAUGACAACACUUGCAAUGUAUGCAAGAAGUAUUAAAUUAACUGAUCUCUGGGAUCUCGAAAAUUUAGGCAUCUCAAAUCCAACACUAGUGGAAAGCAAACACAAUUCUUAUGAAGAAGCUUUAAAUGAUUUUCAGCAGAAGUUAACAAUUCUUCCUAACGGAAGGUACGAGUUACAGCUUCCGUGGAAACAUGAUCCAGCUAAUUUACCUGAUAACAAAGGUUUAACUUGGGUUAGACAUGAGAAAGUGAUCAAACGGGCUGAAAGUAAUGGCUUUCUCAGAGAGUAUCAAAAGGUUUUCGAGGAUUGGGAAAAUUUGGGGAUUAUUGAAAGUGUACCGGAAGAGGAAGUAAAAGCAACUAAAUGUCAUUAUUUGGCGCAUAGGCCCGUAAUAAAACUGCAAAGUGAAACCACAAAGUACCGUCCCUGUUUUGACGGGUCGGCUUGUGAAAGGGGUAAACCAUCAUUAAACCAAUGUUUAUAUAAAGGUAUAAAUCUUUUAGAAGUAAUACCCGAUAUUUUAGAUAGGUUUACUCUAUCCUAUAGGAUUAAGUGCAGAUAUAGAGAAAGAUUUUUUAAUGUUAUCAGUACAUCCAAAAGAUAG